ACCAUACUGACUCUAAUGCAAUAUCAAAUUCUGAUACUAGUCCUGAGUGUAAUGAUACUUCUAAUUAUUUUGAUAAAACUAGUGAUACAGACCAUUCUAAUAAAAAUAAUAAUCCAAACUGUUCUAAUAAAAAACCUGGUAAUAAACCUAAAUUGCGAAAAAACCCUAGUUGGGUUUGGCAGUAUUUUCGCCGAAGACGUCCAUCACGAAAAUGGAAAACACGUGAAAAUUGUACCAUAAUUAUGAAAAGUAAAAAGGCACCAAAUGGACAAUGGGAAUGUGAACAGUUAGUUAAGACUCAGGGUUCAACUGGCAACUUUCAAACACAUUUAAAUACAUAUAGAAUUACUAAACCUACCAAAGUCAUUGAUACAAUUGAACAGCCAACAAUUACUGAAAUGUUCCAUCGUGCUGCUAGACAAAAUACUCGUCAAAAAGAAUCCAUCAAUUAUGCUUUGGUAGAAUGGAUAGUUACAGAUUUGCAACCUCUUUAUGUUUCGAAAAAUGAAAGUUUUAUUAAACUUAUUUAUACCUUAAAUCCAUAUUACGAACUUUCAUCUGAUAAAUAUACUGCAUGUUCUAAAAGCGAAUAUAUAGGUGUUACAUGUUAUUUUAUUAACUCUAAUUAUGAAUUAAAAGAAGCUAUACUUGCAAUUAAAUAUGCUUCAUAUUCUCAUGAUGCUGUAAAUAUUAAAGCUGAAUUAGAGAAAAUAAUUAAUGACUGGAGGCUUUUUGAAAAGCUUCUUCAAAUUAAGCAUGCUAUUAAAUUAAUGAAAGCAACUAUGAGUGCAGAUAAUGAUUAUAUUAUUCCAAUCACCACCCUUACUAGAAAUUGUACACCAUUGUCGAUGAGUAUAAGUAAUAAAGAGCUUGAUUUAACAAAUAUGUUAACUAUUUUUGAUGAGGAGGAAGAGAAUAUAGUCGAUGUGGAUGAAGAAUUGGAAAUAAUUAUUACGGCUAAUGGAGAAAUUGCUGUUCUUAUCCUAUAUAAUAUUAUCAUGUGUUUAACUCAAUUUUUUUUUUAA